AUGAAAUGGAACCGAAAACAUCUAUGUCUGCCGUUCCUGAUACUGUGUUCGUAUCUUUGUUAUUUCUGUUUCGUUGGUUUUAACUUCAACUGGAGAAAAGAUGUCAAACGCAACAACUCUGAAAUGGAAACGCAAAUUCUCAGGAUUUCGAGCAUUUUUUUUGCUAAUUACUCAGCAAAGUCUAACGUUUCUAAUUCCACUGCGUUGCUCUCUCGGAGAGAUUCAAUCGCUGUCAUUCAUUCGGAUUUGUCUUAUUCCAGUGCGGUGAAUAGCAAUACUCCCUAUCUGUUGAUUUUGCCCUUUUCAACCAAAGAGCAGGAAAUUGAUCGUGUAUUGGAGGACAAAGACAAACAUUCCGUAAGGAUGUUGAGUGAUUUUCUUCGUUCAAGAACACAAUUUCAUGGUGCAACUUGUAUGCAACAACAGGGAGGCCAUGAAAUGAAAGCUUCUGGCAAUUUCAUGUUGGAUCAAUCUUGGUGUCGUUUUGUGAAAAAAAAGUGGAGCGUUCACAUUAGGAAUACAGGCCCUGUAAAAAACUUCACGCUACAAAAGUCUCUCAGGCUUGGCUCCGACAGUGAAACUGGGACAACUGACGCGCUUGUACAAACCUGCAAUAUCGUGCAUGGUCCAUUUGUAAUAAGGGAGGAUGUGUUUCAGAAAAUUGGAGGAUUAAUCGAAGGUUUUGGGAAAUUAUCCUUAUUGGAGUUUUUUCUACGAUCAAAGGGCGAAUUGAAGAUUGCAAAGCUUGGUUCUUGCGCGUGGACACCCAAAAUCAAGCGUACGGAUCGAGGAAAUUUGAAAAGCUCAAAGGAGGUCCCUGAAUAUGCAAAUUUUGCCAAUAAACAUAUGGUACUUCGGAUCGUAACGGAGAAUAGAAUAGAAUGGACGGCUUGUGUCGCAAACUGGAAGAUGUGCCCGGAGAAACCCUAUGUAGAGCCACGAGGUCUACCCGGCGUAGCUGCACCAAUAUGUUGCAGCACUGUUUUAUGGAAAAUGCUAAGCGAUUUUGUCAGAGGGCUAAACAAACUGGGGCUAGAAUAUCGAAUUGUUGAUGGCACCUUGUUAGGGGCUGUCAGGAGUAAAGCGAUCAUACCGUGGACAUACGACAUAGAUAUUGCAUUACCGACCUCUGUGUAUAAAAAUGCUUCAACGUAUACUGCUCUUGAAAAGGUUCUCGAAAACCAGUACUAUAUAGGUUGGUCUUUCAUAAACAUGCCCAGGGGGCAUAUUCUUGUGCCCCCGUACAUCGACGUAAAUACAGCCCCUUAUUUUGACGGGCCUGAGGACUUAGAAGGCAAAACAUUAUUCAGUAGUGAUCUGGAAGAAGCAGUGAAGGGAAUGUUGCCAGUGUCUCAGGAUUGGAGAGAACGUGGCUAUGUAGAUUUUUAUGAGGCAGGUCAAGCCUUGAUGGAAGGAUCGUCCAUUGUCACCAUCAACAAUAAACAAUUCGUGACCGUGAAAGAUGUGAAUAAAAUGUUGAGUACAAAUUACGGCAAGAACUAUCGGCAACCAGCAUUAAAAGGAGAAUGGUUCGGUUUGUCAGAUAACAUCGAUUCCUGAAGGAAAUAACUUAGAUAUAGUCUAGAUUCUAGGAAUAAUGCGGCGACGAGUUUGCGUCGGAUUAGGGACCUUAAAAGGAGAAGGGACGGCAAAGCUGAGAAAAAAUCGAUUAAAAACGAAUGUAUCAUAACAGGGUAGUUGUGUCAGAAUCGGUCAUUAUGGUUCGCGAUCUCAGAACACGCAAGUUUUGGUGAUUUCGGGAGUUGCUUAAUGCUGAGGGCGGCUAAAAUAUGUAUAUUGUUUGAAAAAUCACCUGCUGAUCUGCACGGCUCUUUAUUUAGCAGACAUAACUAAUUGAUUGAACUCACCGAACAAAUUCUACAUUGCCGCUCUGAACUUUCCAAAAUCUGUCCAGCUGUUUUAGUACAAUCCAUUCGUGCCAAAAUUCAGGAUGCCAAUUCUAAACUUUUUAAACAUUUGCACCAAAUUAAGGCCCAAAAACUCGACCAACUUAUCGGCCCUCAAGUUACUAUCGACUCGUCGCCUGAAAACCACAAAACUAUAGUUACCAUUCCAGAAAAUUUACUACUUUCCGAUUCAGAAAAAUCAGUUCUCAGCAAGGGCUUAAAUUUUGUUCCCAUAUCACAAAAAUAGGUCCGCAAUGCGUACUUGUGUGGGAUUUCAUUGACAAAGUGUUUGCAAGGGGUUUUUGAGCGGAAGCAAACCUGUCGCUCACCGUGAGUCAACUGUACUACAGGGGUGACAUUAGGCCUGGAAUCAACAGCCUGAAUAGUAAUUUUUGUGCGGGAAUUAUUUGAACAAAUACAGAUUCACAGGAGAGAUCUGGGGUAUUAACUUAUACUUUUAUCAAGCAAUAUGCCUUUCCCUCCCUCCCUGGAAGCUUUUUGGCGUGUUUUUGAACGUUUGGUAAUCGUCUUCAACAAAUAAAUUACCUCUUGGUGGCUUAGGCUAUUUAUUUGUUUAUACGGCAAUACUGGAAAUACUUGGAGCAGUAAAUAUUUUCGUAACAGUCAUUGAAAAAAAAUUGAAAAAAUUUCUGCUACUACUGUUUAACUCGUGGAUACACGAUAGCGUAGAAACGAGUUCUUGUGGGUGCUCUGCGAUAUGCAAAUUAGCGUGGACUCUUCGUAAUUAGUCGUAAUUAGUCGGCUUCGAACUCGAGAUCUAUCCUUCCGAAGAAGUAAGUCCAAAGUCCUGGCGCUCUUAUGAUUGCACUGAUCGUUGCGAUAUUUAUUGUCUUUACACGCCUGUUUCGACAUUUACUAUAUUGAAAUGGACUUCAAAUGUUUCAGAUUAGUGCUAUGAUCAACUUAAAAACCAAAUUUGAAGGGUCUUCGAAUCAUCCAUGCGAUAAACAUAACGAGGACCAGCGAGAAUCACGAAGACUUUGUGAGUGACAGCAAGCUGUUGACACAGAAAUUCCCACGGAAACCUGUACCCAUGACAUAAAAAAAUGGUAAUUUGCAGCAUUAUUUCUUUCUACGCCAAUUUGGGUCUUUCCGUUGUAAUCGUUUCGUUUUGUUAUUCUUCUAUGCAAACGUAACUGUUUUGAUGGUAAGAAUGAAAGAGGAUCGCUUUUAAGAAGUCGUUGCCGAGCACGUGACUAUAAUCUGGCCGGUGUUGUUUUGAUCACUUGACGAUCUUUUUCGCUGAAAAUACAGGACGACUUCCUAUUUCAAGGAAUGCUUUUCCAAUUAAUUUCUAUCGCAUCGGUGUAAAAAAGUACAGGUAUAUGGGUGUUCUGAAAAAACAAAAGGGAAAUUCAAAACUACGAGAAAUUGCGAGUAAUCGGCCUCUUCUGCUACACGCGGGUUUUUUUGGUGUAACAUGCGUGUGUUUCCCAUAAGUUACAAGCAC